AUGCGUAUGUCCCUUGCUCUAGCUCUAGCUCUUUCCACGGGUGUUCUUGGUGCCCCGGCCCCGGCUGCAGAUACGAAACCAUCGGCCACAAAGGAUUCCCACUACUAUAUUCUCGUCCAAGUCUGCAGGACCUUCACCGACGACCGACUCAUUAACGAAUUACCAGAGCCCAUUCGCGGAUCGAGAGGCGCAAACAUCCUUGGCCCUCAGAACGUCGAGCUCGAUCGUCAGAACCCUGACAUCCUCGCACCCCCAACUACAGAUAGCGGUUCGGUCGAGAACGUCAAAUGGCCAUUCAGUCUGUCACACAACCGUAUUCAGGAUGGCGGUUGGGCGCGUCAGCAGAACGUCCAUUCGAUGCCAAUCGCGACAACUAUAGCUGGUGUAAAUAUGCGUCUGAAAGCAGGAACGAUGCGUGAAAUGCAUUGGCAUAUCACUGCGGAGUGGGCAUAUAUCCUGGAGGGAAGCUGCCGUAUUGUUGUCGUGAACACUGAAGGCCAGAAUUAUAUAGCUGAUGUUUAUCCGGGAGAUCUUUGGUACUUUCCACCCGGUAUCCCCCAUGUCCUUCAGGGCCUUAAUGACACCGCUGACGGCUGUGAAUUCCUCCUUGUCUUCGACGAUGGGGAAUUCAGUGAAGAUUCUACUUUCUCGGUUACAGACUGGGCAUCCCAUAUCCCCAAGGAAGUCUUGAGCCGGAACUUCAAGGUCAAUGCCUCAGCUUUUGAUCACAUUCCUGACCGCGAGUUGUAUAUGAUCCCAACUGCGGUACCGACGGGUACUCCCGAAGAAGAAGGGGUCAAGAGCCCUCAAGGUGUAUCUACUUUACCUUACACGUUUGCUGCCAGCAAGAUCAACGCCACCGAAGUUCCGGGUGGAACAGUCAAGGUCGUCGAUUCACGCACAUUCAAAGUCAGCAAGACUAUUGCACUUGCAGAGGUGACUGUUGAGGUUGGAGGAAUGCGUGAACUUCAUUGGCAUCCAACCCAACCCGAAUGUGAGGGAAAUGCCCGCAUCACUGUGUUUGCAGCUGAGGGUAACGCACGCACUUUCAAUUAUCAACCGGGAGAUAUCGGUUAUGUCCCGCCAUCAUUCGGGCACUAUGUUGAGAACAUUGGAAACACAACGCUCAAGCUCCUUGAAAUUUUCAACUCCGACAAGUAUGAAGACAUUUCACUGAAUCAAUGGCUGGCGCUCACACCGCCUGAUAUGGUCAAGGCUCACCUACAGCUGAGCGACGACACCAUUAGCAAACUGCAAAAAGUAAAGCCAGUUGUAGUUGGGCCUGGUCUCCUUUAA